AUGAGCACACCCAAGGACAAUUACGCCAUUCACAAAGUUUCUCUGAAACGCACACGGCAGGCGUGCGGACCAUGCCGUCGCAAGAAGGCUCGUUGCCCCGGUGAGAAGCCUGUGUGUUCAACUUGUCAGCGAUUGGGGCAGCGCUGCUCCUAUGCGGCACAGGUAACAACUCGAACUCAAAAUCAAAGAUCCGCCAAUCAUGGCGAUGGGUAUAGUUCUGCGGGCUCAGAUCAGCCCAAGGCUUCUGGUACACGCCUUCAAAGCAUAGAGGAGAGGCUUGAAGAGAUAUCAUCUCUAAUCAAAGAGCGACUACCCGAGAGAAAUACCCAGGUUGAAGAAUUAGAUGGGUUACAGCCGACAUGCCAUGAAAAUGUUGCCCAGGAUGAUCCAGACCAAGUCUACCGGGACUUCACGUCCAACUCUCCCAUAUCAAUACCCCUGAUUGAAUCCGAGGUGCAGGUGUAUUUGAACGAUUUCCAUGAUCAGCCCUAUUGUGUAUUCGACAGGCAAUGGCUCCUGGAAAACAAAGAUGCUCUCCCGCCAGAGGUCAUAUUUCCAUUGGUAGCUCUAACACGACGUCUCUCAGUCAAAUCGCCAGGCCUGCCAGAUGGUACCAUAUCAACAGGCAAUGCCUGUGCCGAGCGAGCGUGGCAGAUACUCUCUACCAAGUACCGAGAUGGUAAGACGGAUCUGUCCUUCCUGCAAGGCACAUUCCUCGUCGCUCAACUUGACUUUGUCGAUGGCAAUGCUCACAGGGGAUGCCUAUCCGUUGGCAUUGGUGUGCGGGUCAUCCAGUCAUACGGGCUCAAUCAAGGCAAGAAACUUUCUUCUCUAGAAGGUUCUGAAGCAGAGGCCUGGCGACGUAUCACCUGGGCGUUCUUCAUUAUCGAUCGCACCUAUAACGCGUCCCGGAAUUUUUCCAUUUGCCUGUCGGACAAUCACUUCACGCUUUCCUUCCCUCUAUCAACGGCCGUGAAUGACACGUCUCGUGCAUGCCUACAUAACAAAUCAUCAAAUCAUGAACAGAAAGGCGACCAGGAUAUCUUAGCUUCUCUCCUGCGUCUCUACUCAUUAUGGGGGAAAGUGACAGAAUGGGUCUUCGAGCCUCUAGUAACAAGCAGCCUACCACCCUGGCAAAGCGGGUCAGCACUCGCAAUUCUUGAGUCGGAGUGGAUGCAAUUCGAAACCCAAUUCGCAGAUAUUCAUCGCUACAUGAACGUGGACUUCAAGCGACGCGCACGCGAAGAACCUGGGUCUCAUUCCUAUCUAUCGACAUGGCUAUGCGUCCAAUUCCUCUUCCACUCGAUUCAGUGUCUCUUACACCACCCUUUCGUGACGAUGGUCAAGCUCCGUCAUAUGAGAGGAAAUCUAUCCGCAGCAUUCCUCCAGAAAUCGUUCGAAACUUCAUUGCUUCAUUCACGGUGGAUAGCGCGGUUUGUCAAUGAAAUGUCCGAGGUUGGGUUGCGUCUUCGUGAUCCGUUUUUCGGAUAUCUUGCUGCUAUUGCGGCUACUAUUCAACUUGAACAUACGGGUAACAAGAAUCCUAAAAUUGCUCUUUUGGUGAAUAAUGAAUAUCGAGUUCUGGUUGGAUUUAUCACCGAGCUUUCUUCACAGUGGGGCAAUAUGAAGGUCUUGGUUGACCGAUUGAAUGAAUUGGCCUCGCGGCGCCAGAAUUAUGGCUCGUUGUUUUAUAAUCAGGAUGGUUUCUCGGGUGAAUUGUCUAGCAUGGCAACGCCGUCCAACCUUCCGAGGAUGUCGGUGCAGGAUGAGGCUCUUAUGUGGAAUAUUCUUGAUCUCACUUCGUUCGGCUCUGAAGAGAGCAUCACGAUACCGCCGUCUACAACAGGCCUUCGAGCAGAAAUACAAAACGUAGAGCCGCCCAAUCUUGGAGAAAUGCCUCUUGUUGGAGUCGGACCAGGACUGAUUCAGGCAGCUGCACCAGAGUGGCCUUUCGGACGAGGUACCGGUUUUGGACACGGCGUGCCUGAUAUACCAGACUGGAUGAUUUUUGGAGAUUUUAUGUCGGAGCAUCUUUGA